UGCCGUUAAACACAAUCGGUUAUUUAAUGUAGCAGUACGCGUUCUCUCAAUCGUACAUGAAUUGAUAAUGUGAAAAGUCAGAAUAUUUAUAACUGUUUUAAGUGUCCUAUUUUAUAUAUUAAUUAUUACAAAAAGUGUAUUUUAUUUAUUUUAACAAAAAAUGGCUGAUCGAAGGGCGAGAUACAAACAAAGGGGUGAUAAUUUUGGUGAUUUGGAAUCAAGUCGCAUGAGCCGACUUGAAAAACAAGAUCAACGACGAAAAGAAAUUCGUAAUCAAAAUUUUUCCCGACUCAGACCUUUGGAGGAAAUUGCAAAAUCACAGACUCCUGGAAAAUCUGAAGCCCAAAUAACGCGCAAUGAGAAAUUGGAAAAAUGGAGAAAGCAGAAGGAGUUGAAGAAAAAAUCAGCCAAACCAGUAAUAAAGAAACCUCCAUUUAAAGUUGGAAUUGUCCACCACAAAGUGUAUUCCCCUCCAAUUUAUAAUUCAUCACUGCCAAGUUGUUCUCACUGGAGUCAAAAUACUCAGACGAGAUCAAGAAUUCAGACAACUGGUACUCCUCAGAAGAAGAUUACCCGAGUCACAGAGAAACGACUUGCAGCGAAGGCAGAGAAAGCGGCCAAAGUGGCCGCCAGUGCAGCUUCCAAAAAAUCCUUUGCCCCUCCGAACUACAAGUUUAAGGCUCCCGCGGGACUCAGCAAUAUUCCCAUAUUCGGUCGCGUGAGGAAAGGGAGCAUGGAUGUGUCCACAUUAUCUUGGAAUGUCACCGUCAAGAAAUCACCAGUCAAAUCCUCACUCGCCACCACAUGUUCGUCGUCGAAUCAACGCAAAAAGUCAAAUUCCCUUUCUCGUCGUUCGCCACGAAAAAGUAGGAAGAACAGUUUUCCCAAACAAUUUGAGAAAUCUCCUGUAAAUAAUAAAACGAGACGUUCAAUUCGUCGUUCACAAUUUAGUUCCAAUUCUUCGGAUUCGGCAACGCCGCCAGUUUUCUCUGACGAGAAUACCGAUGUUUUCGAUUCCGAGCUUGAAGAUCAAAAUUCCGCCGAAGAAGAAGGGAACAAGGCACCUAAGGUGGCAUUCACGGAUCUUGUCGAACCCCUCGACACGAGCAUUUCUCCCAUUAAAUCCAUUAAUAAUUCUCAGUCAGAGUCAGAAGAAUCUGCAGAAAAAUCAAAUAAAACGAGUAUUUCUCCCGUUAAAUCCAUUAAUAAUUCUCCGGCAGAGUCUGCGAAAAAAUCAAAUGACAGCAUUUCUCCCAUUAAAUCCAGCGAUAAUCCAGAGUCUGCAGAAAAAUCAAAUAAAUCCAAAACUGAAAUUCAGAUGGAACAGGAGUCGCUCAAUUAUUCAUUGAAUCUGCAACUAAACGAUUUAUCGGAGCAUAAUAAUUUCAAGGAAAUUGAACUGAACUGCUCGAAAAGUAAUUGUAAAGCACUUGAGCAAUACAAUUCGCAAGAUUAUUCCCUGAAGUUACAGGCGACUGAUUUGUCGGCUCAAGGGAUGAAUGAUACGAAACAAAUGGUGGAGGAGUCGGAGAAAAUUAUCGACUCGUCGAUGGACAAGUCGUUGAAUGACACGGUGAACGUGGCUAUUUUCUCGCCCUACGUUGUCACGAGGCGGGGAAAGAAGGAAGCGAGGAAGGAGCAGCAAAUUCGUCGGGGGUUCAAUCGCUCGCCGGAGGAAAUCCCCACGAAGGAAACGGUGAUGCAGAACUUGAAUAUUUCCGUCGAGGAGGAGAAGCGAACGUCGCAGUACUUCCGGUGUCUCCUGGAGAGUGAGACCCAAAGACUCAACGAGGAGUGCGACUCUUGGAGUGAGAUAAUCGCGAGGGAAGAUCCGCCCGAGGAGGCGAAGGAGCUAAUCGAGCAGGCGAUUGGUCAGACUAAAUUGCUAGUGUCUAGUAAAUUCAAGCAAUUCGAGGGUCUUGUUCGUCAGUGCGAGGAUGGUCAUCAAAAUCAACUGGUCACCUGCAAGGAUCUUCAAGGCUUCUGGGACAUGAUGAACGUCACGGUCAAGAAUUGCGAAUCGAGAUUCGAGAAGGUCGAGAAAAUGCGAACCAACGGCUGGAAGGAGGACGCCAAAGUAAUUCCAACCAGAAAGAGACUUCCCUCUAAGAAGAAAUCUCCCAAAAAGAAAUCGCCGAUUAAACCUGCGAAAAGCAAUCUGCGAGCUAUGAUUCUGGCCGCACGGCAGAAGAAAAAGGAGAUGGAGCUGAAUUCCGAGGAGGCGCCAAACGAAGAUCAAAUGAUGGAGAUCUGGAAGAAUGUCGUGAAGGAAAGUCCAACGAAGCCGCCAACUUCAACAUCCACUCGUAGACUUUCAAUCGCUCCUCCCCAAGGCUCUGCCACCAAGGAGCGGAGGCUAAGUUUCGCCCGCGCCGCCAUGAUCAUCAGUCAAAAGCGAAAAACGCCCGAAAGCGCAAAACCCGAGACAGAAACUAUCAGUGAAAUCUACACCGAAACAACCUCCGUUCAAGUUCAUCUGGACGAAUCGAUAAGUUACAUCAACUCGAGACAAACGCCAGGAAAGAGUAUUUUGAAGCGCAUCAAAAUCGAAACCGACACCGCAAUCACUGAUUCCCGUUUACUGCGAUCCACUCAAAAGGUCAUUUUCAACGACACCGUCGAACUCAACGAAGUCGAAGUGGACGAGGAAACGAAGAACAAACUAAGUCUCGCGGCAAGUUUAGCGAGAAUCGAUAGCAUGAAUUUCGAGGAUGAAUGCGUGCCCGAAGUGAAUAUCCGAGCCGAGAAGAAGCUGAAUUUCGACGAUAUGAGCUUCAACGAAAUUCUAAACGACGAGGUUUUUGAAUCACUCAACUCGACGAAGAAGAAAACACCCGAUUUCAAUAUUAUCGCCCCAACACCGAAUUCUAGAAAAUCUGACACGAGUGCGAUAAUUACGACUGAAAAAGCAGAAGAAAAGAGCGAAGAGAACGUGAGAGUCACGAGAAACAGAAAAGCGAUGCUCGAGUCCCAGAGUUCGAGUACAGAAAAAGGAAAAUCGCCACGAAUCGUCAAAAGAAGAAAAAUAGAUUCCGACCUUCAGAAUCUAUCCCUCGAAGAAACUGAAAUUACACCAAAAUCCCCGAGAUUGAUCAAAAAAACUAAUUCCGAAUUGGAAAAUUUGGUUAUUGAUGAAACAAAGAGGAAAUAUACACCAAAAUCCCCGAGAUUGAUCAAAAAAACUAAUUCCGAAUUGGAAAAUUUGGUUAUUGAUGAAACAAAGAGGAAAUAUACACCAAAAUCACCGAGAUUUAAAAAGAGUGAAAUGAAUAAAAUGAAUACGACUUUUGAGAAUGAUAUCGAUGAGAAGAAAACAGUUCCAAAGUCCCCUCGAUUAGCGAACAGGAGCAAAUUAAAUUCGACUCUAAACAAUUCGAUGAAUUCGAUCAAUUCGAUCGUUGAAGAGCAACUUGAAAAUACGAUAGAGGACGAAGAUUUGUAUAGACGAUCUUUGAGGAAUCGCACCAUUAUUGGAAGUUUAACACCGAAAUCAGCGAAAAAAAUGAAUAAAGAAACUCCUGCUUCGGCUAAAAUUGGAAAUCCAACCAUUAGUUUUCAAGAGAUUAGUGAAAGUUCCAUUCUCUCGAGCCUUGAGAGGGAAAAUUCUUUGAGGUCUUCAAAACGAAUUCUUAGAUCUCCGAUUUUGAAAUUGUCUUCUGCAAAGCAAAAGUCGGUUUUAUCGCCUAUCCAACAGAAGGCAAUCGAAGAUCAAUCAGCACAUCAAUUAGAAAGAGAAACAAAAAAUUCAGAUUUGUUAAAUGAAUCAAGGAAAACACCAAGAAAAAUGGAAAAAGCUAAGGAAUCGGAUAAGAAAGUCACACCAAAGGAGAAGAAACAAUCAAAUAGUUCAGCCGAGAAGAUUGCAAAAGUGAAAAAUAGCUUUUCUUUAUUAUAUAAAUUCAUGAAAACACCACUAUCUGCCUCGAAGAAAAAUAAAUCAGCGAAUGACUCUACAGAGAGCAUGGAAGUGGAUUCAGGAGCUGAAUCUAAUGCAAGUAGUAGAUGUAGAAGAAUGCACAAAACACCAAAAUCUGAACAGAAGAGUGAAAAUAAAACAGAAUCGACUCAUAAGAAGGAAUCACUACACACAUCUUUAAUAAAAGUGAAAAAUAUUCCCGAGAGAAGAAGAAGUUUAAAAAUUUCUGUGGAUGAAUUGCAUGAGAAGGAGAAUACUUCGCCGAGACCUAUAGAAACACCCAGUAAAAGAAAAUCAAUUAAAAGAAGCAUGAGUUGUCAUGUUGCGGAAUGCCAAGUUGAUUAUCAUCCAUCAACGCCCCAGUUACAACGUAGCAAUUCAAGCCGAUUAUCGAAAAUUGGAAGCAAUCGUCGUAGUAUUAAGCCAAUGACCAGUGUAUCGCCUUAAAAUAAGUCAUUUUUAUUUGUAAAUGUUUUUUUUUUCAUUGAAAAAAGAUUCGGACCAUGAAUAAUAUAACACGAUGGUCUGAGUGAAAAUAUAAAAAAUAUUUAUUGCAAUAAGUAUAGCGCU